GGUGUGGCCUUUGUCUUCCCAAAACUUUCUGGGAAUGUGCGCAGACACACAAGUCGCAGUCACCGCUUCGUCCUGUUUUUCCAAUGGUUCUGUAUUCCCUCGCACCAGGUGCAACCAGGAAGCUGUAAAAGAGGAGAACUCGAGUUUUUAUGGGGAGGUGUUAGUCUUGUGACGUACGGUGUCAGCUGCCCUGGGAGUUGGCGGGGAAUGCCUUUGAAAUACUGGUAGCAGUGCAUGCAGACCGGCCCAACCUGAUCGUUCACUUGCAAUGGACGCAGGGGCGAAAUCCGAACCCGCAAUCACGGCCAUGGAGUAGACAGCCAAAAGGGAUUGAAGAAGCAGCAUGGAGGCACUCAGGGACUCCCUUGUGCAUCUGACUUUUCAGAUGUCAUCAUACAAGAGAGCCACACUGGACGAGGAAGACUUGGUGGACUCUGGCGGCGAUGACGUCUACCAGUCAACACACAUGCAGGUGACUCUCCGGCAGGGCUGUGGCUCCUCAUGCUGGCCUGAGAGAACACAGAGGGAGAGGCAGCUUCUGUUUCUCGUGUGUGUGCUGUCUGCAGGCCUAUUCGUAUCAAUCAUCACGACCGCCGUCUUCUACCGGCAGACACAUCCAGGCGUUUGCCUGACCGAGCCAUGCAUCACUGUGGCCAGCGCCGUCAUGUCAGCCUUGGACCGCUCCGUGGACCCCUGCCAUGAUUUCUACAGCUAUGCCUGCGGCGGCUGGAUGAACAACAACCCCCUUCCCGAAGGCAAGUCCCGCUGGGGCUCUUUCAGCAAGCUGUGGGAGCGCAACAUGCUUGUGAUGAAGCAAUUAUUAGAGAACACGACGAUGAAAGGUCUGAGUCAAGCAGAGGAGAAGGCCCAGCGUUACUAUCAGGCCUGCAUGAACGAGACAAAGAUCGAGGAGUUGGGAGCGAAGCCAUUGCAGGAAGUCAUCACGCAGAUAGGAGGAUGGGCCUUGACUGGACCCUGGGACAAAGACAAUUUCCAGGAAGUCCUCCGUGCCGUGUCUGCAAAGUACCGCACUUCGCCAUUUUUCACCGUGUUUGUCAGUACUGACUCCAAAAAUUCCUCCACUAACAUCAUUCAGGUGGAUCAGUCCAGCUUGGGACUACCUUCAAGGGAUUACUACCUCAACAAAACAGCCAAUGAAAAGUAUCUGACGGCAUACCACAACUUCCUGGUGGAUUUAGGGGUCCUGCUGGGGGGCUCUGAGGAAACAUCGCGGCUACUUAUGGGGGAGAUUUUGGACUUUGAAACGACCCUGGCCAACCUCACGGUACCCCAGGAGGCGAGACGGGAUGAGGAGCUCAUCUACCACAAGAUGGAGGCCAAAGACCUGAAAAGUCUGGCUCCUGCAGUGGACUGGAUCCCUUACCUCAACGAGGUGUUUGCGCCUGUGUCCAUCAAUGAGUCCGAGCCGGUGGUCGUGUAUGCCAAAGAGUACCUCCAGAAUGUGUCGGACCUCAUAACAAACACCAAUAAAAGCCUUCUCAACAACUACAUGAUCAUGAAGGUUGUACGGAAGAUGGUGUCCAUCUUGGACCAAAGGUUCCAGGAUGUAGAGCAGCGCUUCCUAGAGGUCAUGUACGGAACUAAAAAGAGCUGCACUCCCCGCUGGAAGCUGUGUGUCAGCGACACAGAUAGUGGCCUGGGCUUCGCUCUGGGUGCCAUGUUCGUCAAGACCACCUUUGCCGAGGAUAGCAAGGCCAUCGCCGUGGACAUGGUCAGUGACAUUAAAAGGGCGUUUGAGGACGGCUUGAAGUACGUGAGCUGGAUGGAUGAUGACACAAAAAAGGCGGCGAAGGAAAAGGCAGAUGCAAUAUACGACAUGGUGGGCUAUCCGGAGUUCAUCAUGAAUGACACCAAGCUGGACAAAGUGUUCAAUGAUUUCGAGGUCGUAUCAGAUAUGUAUUUCCAGAAUGUCAUGCAGUACUUCAACUUCUCUGCCAGGGUGACAGCUGACCAGCUGAGAAAAGCUCCAAACAGAAACCAGUGGAGCAUGACCCCUCCAACUGUGAAUGCCUACUACAACCCCACCAAGAAUGAGAUUGUCUUGCCAGCGGGAAUCCUCCAAAUGCCGUUCUACAACCGCCACUGGCCCAAAGCUCUUAACUUUGGUGGAAUUGGGGUCGUCAUGGGGCAUGAACUGACUCACGCUUUUGAUGACCAAGGCAGAGAAUUUGACAAAGAUGGAAACCUGCGCUCCUGGUGGAAGAAUUCCUCUGUGGAGGCCUUCAAGAAGCAGACGCAGUGCAUGGUGGAGCAGUACGGCAACUACAGCAUCAACCAGGAGACCGUGAAUGGUCGCCACACGCUGGGAGAGAACAUUGCAGACAACGGUGGACUCAAAGCUGCCUAUGAGGCUUACGUGAACUGGAUCGAAAGGAACGGUGAGGAGGCCACACUGCCAGCUCUGGGAAUGACUAACCACCAGCUGUUCUUUGUGGGAUUUGCACAGGUGUGGUGCUCCGUGAGGACGCCCGAGAGCUCACACGAGGGUGUCAUCACCGACCCGCACAGCCCGUCCAGAUUCCGAGUCAUCGGGUCCGUCUCCAACUCGCACGAGUUCUCCAAACAUUUUGGCUGCAAAGUAAAUACGCCUAUGAACCCCAAACACAAGUGCAAGCUUUGGUGAUGGCUCAGAAUGGACAGCAGAGGGGGGACAUGGGGAAACGGAUAGUAGAGGCUCACUGGCGGGAAGAACCACUCACUGCCCAUCAGCGUUUGUCAUGAGUCAGCAUGCCUGCUUUGUGUGGAUGGUUGCUUGAGCAAGUCUUUUUUUUUUUUUUUAAGGAGAUGUAUUAUAACUUUUUCCCCCACACUUCCCGGGUGUAUUAAAAACAUGUCUAUGACAUGCUUUUGUAAAAAAUACCCCAAAGAUCAAAAAUUAUUCUUACACGUGAUUUCUUGUCUUGCUGAAAUUAGCCCGUUUAAGUCUGCAUCGGAAAGUGAGCGACUAUAAACUCCGCCCCAUGUAUUGCUGGACCAAUGAUGAGUCAGAUUUCAUUGACAUGACACCGAGAGAUGGCACGAGAGAGAUUUCUUACAUUAUUUUACUUCAGGGAACAGAGCCCAUAGUGUGUGUGUGUGUGUGUGUGUGUGUGUGUGUGUGUGUGUGUGUGUGUGUGUGUGUGUGUGUGUGUGUGUGUGUGUGUGUGUGUGUGUGUGUGUGUGCGUGCGCGCGCGAGUGUGUGUGUGUGUCGGGGGGGGGGGGGGUAUUUUCACUGAUGGAGACAGCACUCCAUCCAUUACACGGUUGGGCCAAAUUUACAAAGAAUGUACUGUGACUGCUUUGACUUGCAAUUCAAUAGCUUUUCGUCAAAAACACCAUGGCUGGACAAUGACACUUAGGAAGAGAAUGAUGACAUUUUCAGAAUGGUCAGAACGCGAAUGACAGAGCUGACAGCCUGAUUUUCAUCAAAAUUGUUCAGAAAGUCGACGAAACAUUUGCUUAAGUGUUCCACUCUGGGCAUAACGAUACCUUGUCCGCAUCACUGCUCUAUGAGGCUACCACAAAGGAGCGCCAAGUUUACAGCAGCUUUCGAAAGCCAUUAUUUGCUUCAUUCAAAGUGUGUGUGAGUCUUUGUGCUGGUAUUAGUGAAUUAGACGUUGUUUAUCGAUGAGUCUCAUUUGCACACAGGUGGAUAAUUGUUCUGCUAAACAUAAAACAUGACCCUGCACAGCUGCCUUGUCACAGGGAGAGAAAUUUGGUGGUCAUGUGGUUUUGAUGAGACUUUGUAACAGUUUCAGUCACUUGAAGGUGGCCCUGGAUCCCUUUUAGCCUGUCUGAUCAUGUCAUGAUUGGAGAAACUCAAUUUGGAAGCUGUUACAAACCAGAUACAUUUUCAGAACUAGGCAGAUCACAAGCUUUACUUGGAUGUUUAAUCCCACACUUAAUGGGUGGGCGGCACUUCACAGAGCCAACUAUUUGUAAAUAAUUAGUUUAAUAGUCAAUUUUCCAUCACUUGGACUGCUUCGCUACGAAUGUGCUUUUUAUUUUUGGAACACUGCUAUUGUACCUUUUGAAGUUGAGAGAUAAGCUGUCACGUCUUGUAAACUGCCGGUAGGACAGAUUGUCAGGUUCAGUGACAGUCACAGUGAGCUGCUUUUUCGUCUUGCUGUCACUCUGUGCCAUGGUUUCCCACAUGUUUGAAUGUUAACAAUACAGUAUCACACAUAUUGCCGAAACAUAGACAUGUAUAUAACUGUAUGAAUCUUCUUCGGUAAAAUCGAAUAAAAAAUACCUUUGAUAAGAAAAGGUGUGAUUAAUGCUCAGUAACCUAAGUUUGGGAAACCCUUCUCUGCACUGUGCUUUAUAUCACUUCUACGGUGGUGCCUUGAGAUAUGAGUGAUCCGACUUGAGUUUUUCAAUAUACGAGCCCUCAUUCGGACAUCUAUUUUUUUUUUUUGGCUUGGACUUGCUAGCACAUAUUUAGAUAUGAACACUGUGCGGUAGCCGUAAAGUCAACUCUUUGACAACACACAGCAGUUUGGCAAAUAAUGAACAAUACUCCUCCUAAAAAAAUAAAUAAAUAAGGUUUCACGUUACACAGAAUUACAAAUUGUUUGUUCCAAAAUGCCAAUGUAAACGGUUAUGAUCAAUAGUCUUUGUUUUACAAGUAUAACACAAACGGUGGAGCAACACAUGUGGACAGAUAAAACAUUACUGAUGGGCAUACAUUCUUUAUCCUCUUUAAAUGAAAAAGACAAUUAUUACAGAAUCUUAACUGACUCAACGACAGUGGUAGAAUUGGAAGUAGUAUUCUUUGUAUCUGCAUGUCUGCAUGACGGCAUUAUACUGUCUUCUGGUGGAAGUGGCAGGUACACCCAAAGGAGCAGCACAAUGAAUUAGAUUGCUGCAUUAAAUCAUGAUGUGCACACUGUCUAUUUUUUUACAUUCUUAAACUCUGUUAUUACUCGAUAAAUUACAUGAUUAAAGAAUGUUAUUUUUCCCUAAGUUCAUUUUUUGUGGGGGGAGAGUAGGCUGAGGCAGAUUAAUUGCAUUUCAAUUUUCUUUUGUAUCUCAAGGAACCACUGAAUGUUAUUUAUGUAACAUUAUUAUGUGAAUCUCGAUUCAAGCCUGUUGUCUUUUUGUUGUUGUUGUUGUUUGUUUUGCCUAUUGACAUAUGAAAGUCCACUUAAAAAGGAUUUAAAAGCCAUAUACAGAAAGGAUAGAAUGUCUCAUACAAAUACUGAGGAAACGGCUGCACUGUUGGGGGAGGUACAAUGCGGUCAGGCCCUCACACUGUAUAUUUUAUUGGGAGAAUGUGAAGUUGAAUUUCUGUCGGUAUUUUAAUGACAAGGCCAAUUUUGGACUGAUUUUUACACAUACAGAAAUAACACAACGGAACUCACAACCAAAACAGAUCAAAUGUACCAAUUAAGCUUUUAUGUGUAAAAUUAUUUUGUAUAUUAAAAUUAUUAUUAAAACAUA